AUGGAGAGGCUGCUAGACGAAGGCUUCCAGCCGAAGCAUGUCGACCGGAAGGCGCUCUAUGUCAAUUUCGAGGAGAGAAUCAAGUACCUCCACGAGUUCCUUGAGUUCGGCAUCGCGGACGUUGAGGCACUGGUAACGGGGGCCAAGUAUGUCAAGGCCUUGAUCCCCAGGGUGGUCACCCUAGUCUACGAGAAGUUGCUGCAACGUGAUAUCACAUCACGGGCGUUUCACACACGGUCAACGGCCAAGGGAAAACCAGAGGACGAGGACUGGUUGACGGAGGACACGCCACAGAUCCAACGCCGGAAGAUGUUUCUGCGGUGGUAUCUGAACCGGCUGUGUCAGGAUCCGACCAAGAUGGAUUUUUGGCGAUAUAUUGGCAAAGUCGGAAUGAUGCAUAGCGGACAGCUGCGCAUGGACCCGCUCAGCGUGGAAUACAUUCACAUCGGUGCUUGUAUCGGAUACAUCCAGGACGUCAUGAUCGAAGCGAUCAUGUCCCUUCCGCAGCUCUCGCUGCGCCGCAAGAUUGCCCUCUUGCGGGCUCUGACCAAGGUCCUCUGGAUCCAAAAUGACAUGUUCGCGCGGUGGCACGUCAAGGACGGCGAUGAGUUUGCCGACGAGAUCUCACUCAUGAGUAUGGAAGACGGAGAAAAGCGGAUGUUUGGUAGCAGUGAUGCGUCGGUUUCCCAGGACGAUGACAAGUCGAGUCUGCGCAGCACGAAUAGUACGUUACACUCGAGCAAGUCGAGAGCAGACCCGUCGGGAGUCUGUCCGUUUGCGAACCUGGGUAAGGCGUCGUCGACCGAGACCAAGAUCUGGGCGAAUUAG